GAGUUACGUUACGUUACUGAGGCUGUCCCGGGGGAGCACACUUUGAGGCCAUUCUUAAAAAGAGAGGUAGUGAGUGUGCUCUGUUUAAAGAAUGAGCAACAGAUAUGCAGCUGCAGGAAAGGAUGGACAAUUGUCAGGAGAUGGGACUCAAUCUGAUCCUGGGGGGGAGCUGCUGGACAAGGACGGCAGGAAAGUGGGACUGGGGAAGAAGGUGACCCUUCUGCGGGGGAUCUCCAUCAUCAUCGGCAUCAUCAUCGGAGCGGGGAUCUUCAUCUCUCCAAAGGGCAUCCUGAAGCACUCGGGCAGUAUAGGAAUGUCCCUGGUGGUGUGGAUCGGCUGUGGGGUGCUGUCCCUCUUUGGGGCCCUGUCCUACGCUGAACUGGGGACCUGUAUAAAGAAGUCUGGUGGACACUACACAUACAUACUGGAAGCCUUUGGACCUCAGAUGGCCUUCAUAAGGCUAUGGGCCGAGCUCAUUGCUAUCAGGCCUGCAGCUAUGGCGGUCAUCUCUCUGGCGUUCGGUCAGUACAUCCUGGAGCCCCUGUUCAUGCCCUGUGCAGUCCCCCCCAUGGCGGUCAAACUGGCCACCGCCAUCGGCAUCACUUCUGUUAUGUACCUGAACAGUAUGAGUGUGACAUGGACAGCUAGGAUUCAAAUCGUUCUCACCUUCUGCAAGCUGCUGGCCAUGGGUGUCAUCAUAGUACCUGGAAUGUACCAGCUCUUUAAUGUUUUUGCAGGAGAGACCAAGAACUUUGAGAAUGCCUUUGACAUGAACAAUGUGAAAUUAUCUGGUAUGCCACUGGCCUUCUACUCGGGGAUGUACGCAUACGCUGGGUGGUUCUAUCUGAACUUUGUGACAGAGGAGGUGGAUAACCCUGAGCGGACUGUGCCGUUAGCUAUCUGUAUCUCCAUGGCGAUUGUGACUUGCUGCUAUGUGCUGACCAAUGUGGCGUACUACACUGUGAUGUCAGCAGAGGAGAUCCUGGCCUCGGAGGCCGUCGCUGUGACUUUUGCAGAGAAGCUGAUGGGGAACUUCUCUGUCGUGGUGCCGCUGUUUGUGGCCUUGUCCUGCUUUGGCUCCAUGAAUGGCUCCCUCUUCGCCUUAUCAAGAAUGUUCUAUGUGGCUUCUCGUGAAGGACAUCUCCCUGAGGUUUUCUCCAUGAUCCACGUCCACAAACACACUCCGCUGGCUGCUGUUCUCAUACUGUACCCUAUGACAAUGCUCCAGGUUUUUGUGGGAGACAUCUACAGCCUGUUGAACUUCAUGAGUUUCCUGCGGUGGCUGUUCAUCGGUGUGGUGGUGCUGGGAUUAAUCUACCUUCGAUAUACCAAACCUGACCUCCCCCGGCCCUUUAAGGUUCCGCUCUUCAUCCCGGUGGUUUUCUGCCUCACCUGUUUCUUCAUGGUCUUCCUGUCUCUGUACUCGGACCCGGUCAACACAGGGAUUGGAUUUGCCAUUUCCCUCACUGGCAUCCCCGCCUACUACAUCUUCAUUUACUUUAACCAUAGACCAAAGUGGCUUCAGAGGGCAUUAGACUGCUUCAACAGAACCCUGCAGAUCCUCCUGGUGGUGGUCCCCGCUGAGCAAUAACACCUCACAACUACACCCCCCCCCCCCCCCCCCCCCUUCAGAUCACUCAAUACUGAGCUGAACUCAGUCUCUGCAUUGACAAUUGUUUAAAGUUCCAAGUAUGUAUCUGCUGAAUGUGAGUUUAUAAAAUGCGUUUUGAUAAAGAAUAAUGUUUUAUGCUGAAAGAA